GGUGAAUGCAGUUAUUUCAAAAAAUUGAUUGAUGAGGUCGAGGUUGUUUGUUAGUCUGUUUCUAAUUUUGUUUUAGUUUUUUUUCAGGUCAGGAAUGGAUACAAGCUUCGAUUUAGUGGCUCUACUGAAGCAGCAACCUACUACGAAGCAGAGUCACAAAAUAAGGCCUACACAGUUUGUGAGCGUAGCCGGAGGGGUCCAAAAGAGAUUGGAGACUAAUAUCAAGAAUAGAAAGAGCAGUCGCUUAUCUGUCUUUGACAGAAUAAGAAAUAUUACAAAAUGCGACAGUCCCAAGGCACCAAAUCUUUCAGAUGCCCAGCAGAAAGCACUGCACAGAAAACAGCAGUUGGAGAAAUGGAAGGAAGAAAAGGACAAGAAGAAAAAGGAGGCAGCAGCACAGAAAAAGAAGCCAUUUGUUGCAGGAAUGUCUCAAAGAAAAACAUUUGGGCCUCCACCACCUCCUAAGCCAAUGCCGAGCACUUCCGGACGAGUCACAAGGUCCCAGGCUCGGCAAAAUGAUGAAUCAAAAUCUUCAAAUGUUCAGACAAAAUCCUUUGCACCAAGUAAUGCCGCUUUCAAACCUUCUAUCUUCUUAAACACUGAAGUUCCCACCCUGGCUCCUAUAAACAAAAAAAAAGCCAGCAAACCAAAAACUAACAUAACAUUUGAGCCUGUGUUACCCAAAACUUUGCAGAAAGAGACUAAGACCAUCCGAUCUACAAGAGCAAAACCAGUAGCAAACAAACCAGUAGUAGAUAACAAGAAAAAGCCAAAUGAGAAAACCAAAGCUAAGAUCCCAGUAAAACCACCACCGCUAAAACAGCAGAUGUUCCAAAGUAGUUCAUCUAGCAGUGAUUUGGAACAGCCCAGUAAACUAAGGAGCAAGCCGAGCUUAAGAAAGUCAAUCGCUAAACCACAGGAAAAACCUGCACCAAAGGCACAAACCUCUACCUCCCAGGAUUCAGCAUGUGUUUUACAAGAGACUGGAUCAGUGUCAUCUCAAGAGUCACAAAUAUCAUCUCAAGACUCACAAGUGUCAUCUCAAGACUCACAAGAUGCGUCUAUGUCUCAAGACUCACGAGAUGCCUCAAUGUCCCAUGACACAGCUUCAAUGUCAUCACAAGAUGAACUAAGUACGCCCAGAAUCAAGGUCCCUAAGAGUGAGUCUAGUUCGGAAGAGAAGCUUCGGUCUCCAAAGGCUAUUCACUGUUCGCUGACUCCGGAACAGAUUGCGGAGGAGGCAAAGAAUAUCAGUCCGUGUGUGACAAUGUCACGAGGAAAGGAUAAUGCCAGGAAGGAGAUGAAGAAAAAACUGGAAGAAGGUUUAUUGGAUGAGGAUAACAGCAACAUGGAAAGCGUGAACCACUUCCGUCGGCAGCUGAACUCUGAGAUUGCUCGCAUCACGGCCAUGUGUGAGACCUGGGACCAGAUCUUUGCUCAGACUGUAUUGCCAGAGCCGAUUCAGGAGUUAGUGCUGACAGCAGUGGGGCAAGCUCGUCUGUUGAUGUCGCAAAAGCUGCAGCAGUUCGCCGGGCUCGUGGAGCACUGCGCGCGCCCCACGCCCGGCACCACGCUCGUCACUCCUGCAGAUCUGCACGGCUUCUGGGACAUGGUGUUCAUGCAGGUGGAAAAUGUAGAUAUGCGCUUCAAGAACCUUGAAGAGUUGCGCCUGCGAGAUUGGAUUGAGGAGCAGAAGCCGGUUGCCAAGAAAGUGGUUGCCAAGCCUGUGGCCAAGAAAGUAGCAGCCAAGCCCGCUGGUGGACCCAGUCGGCUCAGGGAGUUGAUUGCUGCUGCAAGAAAAGCAAACAAAGUACAAGAAGCUCAAUCCGAAAACUCAGAAUCAGAAAAGUCUGAGGCCACAGGAUCACCUCAAGCUGCCGCCUCUCCUGAGACCAAGACGUUUGAGGCCGGUUUCUUCAGGAUCAGCUCUCCGAUGAAGAGGUCGCCGGCCCCGGGCACGCCUAGCAACAAAGUUAAUCUGCUGAAGACUGUGCUCUCUAGUGAGGCGAAGAAAUCUGUGUCUAAGAACUCCACGUCGUUCGCCAUGCUGCGAGCUUCGCUGAUGAGCAAGAAUGUGCACAUCGACGGCGUCUCUCCCCUCAUGCAAACCCCAACCAUGACCCCGGUGAACCUGUACGCUACCCCAGCGCGCAGCAUCCUCAAGCAGCACGCGCCCAGCAGCAAGAAGCCAGACAAACUGAAAACCGUGCUCUUCCACGACGACCCCUCCAGCCCCACCUCUUAUACUAGCUGUGAGAGGGAGACAGAAGAAACAGGGAUAGAACCGUUGCCAGCUGAUGACAAGGAGAAUACAGAUACGCCGAAUCAAGCUUCAUCAAGAAAAUCCAGGUUAGUUCAAACUUACAGCGAAUCUUUCAGCCCCGCCUCUUAUACCAGCUGUGAGAGGGAGACAGAAGAGACAGGGAUAGAACCGUUGCCAGCUGAUGACAAGGAGAAUACAGAUACGCCGAAUCAAGCUUCAUCAAGAAAAUCCAGGUUAGUUCAAACUUACAGCGAAUCUUUCAGCCCCGCCUCUUAUACCAGCUGUGAGAGGGAGACAGAAGAGACAGGGAUAGAACCGUUGCCAGCUGAUGACAAGGAGAAUACAGAUACGCCGAAUCAAGCUUCAUCAAGAAAAUCCAGGUUAGUUCAAACUUACAGCGAAUCUUUCAGCCCCGCCUCUUAUACCAGCUGUGAGAGGGAGACAGAAGAGACAGGGAUAGAACCCUUGCCAGCUGAUGACAAGGAGAAUACAAAUACGCCGAAACAAGCUUCAUCAAGAAAAUCCAGCCUCGCGUCUUAUACCAGCUGUGAGAGGGAGACAGAAGAGACAGGGAUAGAACCGUUGCCAGCUGAUGACAAGGAGAAUACAGAUACGCCGAAACAAGCUUCAUCAAGAAAAUCCAGGAUGUCUCGACAAAACGCCGUCGAUCAAUCCAGCCCCGUUAUGACCCGCAGCCGCCGCAAGAGUGUUCAGACCCCUCUAGUAGACUCCGAAAACGUACAGAAACGUACUACAAGGAAGAGUGUGCAGACUCCUCUAGCAGAAUCCAAUGUGGAGAAAAAACGCUCUACCAGGAAGAAGGAUGUACAGGAGGUAGAGACGCCGAAACGGUCUACGCGGAGACGAAAGAGCGCUGUAGCUGUAUAAUAAGUGGUAGAAAUAUGGAUGGUAAUUAGCUCAAUAUACAAACCGCCUCUGUGCAAAGGAAUAAUAAGACUCUUGAAGUACAGUCAACCAAUUGGAACCCUAGGCCACUGUAGAACUAUGUCAUAGUGACGUUAGAAAUCAGAUUGUAAGAAAUCUCUUACUGCUUGUCAUUUUGACAUGGUUGUAGAGUGGCCUAGGGUUCCAAUUGGUUGACUGUACCUAGUGCAUUAUCUAAAGACAAAUUCGAAUAAGUUUUAGGCUUGCAAUAUACAAUUACACAUGCCUGUAGCUUGACAAUGGGUAUGUCAGAUGCGUACAAUAUUACAAUGAACUGGCAUGUAAGUAUUUUAUAUAUAGCUAUCCAUGCCGUAAUCGGGAACGGCGACCCUAGCUAGUUACGUUACUAGCGUGUGCUCGGAUAUGGCUUGCAAAGCAGAACUUGGUCUUGAAAACUCUGUCGCACGUGGGGCAGUAAAGUUGUCCAGAACCAUUGUAGGUAUUGUAGGAGGGUUUCGGCCGAGAUUUCCGUAUCUGACGCUUCGUAUCAAGCUCAAUGAGACCAGCGUGUUCAAAGUCUUUGACGCUGCUUUUAAUACGAGAGCGCCAUUCUGGCCGCUGAGAAGUGUACUCCUCCCAUUUUUCAGGUGGUAUUCUGCAGGCAGUUAGGUGGCGUUUAAGCACGUCCUUGUAACGCAGGUGUUGCCCACCUUGCUUCCGUUUUCCAGCUGAUAGCUGGGAGUAGAAAACGGCUUUCGGUAGUCUGCAAUUACUCAUACGCCAAACAUGCCCACACCACCAGCCAUGCCAGGUGGU